UCACCCUCACUCUCACUCUCACUCGUACCCUCCCUCUUGCCCAUUGGCUGACAAACCCUCAACCACUUCCCUUCCUCCACGCUCACCCACCUCUUCUUCACUCUCCCUCUCUCUCUUUCCCCUCUAACUUCUGCUGUUUGCUCAGCAAUAGCUCACUUCCCGCCACACACCUCUCACACCUCUUCCCUCGAGCGCCGCUGUAGCAAAAAAAAAAUCAUCAAAACAUGACGCAAAAUGGUCUCCGAAUCAACAUCACGGGCAUUCCAUCGCAGGGGGCCAAGUCGAGGGUUGAGACCCAGAUCAAGCUAGGCAUUCAGCUGGUCAAUCACCAGAACGACCGCGUCGGCGCCUGGACCCACAUCAAGCUACCCGAGUAUAUGGUAGCUAAGGAGAAGAACAAGCGUAUCAACGCAAAGAAUGUCGGCCCUGAGGUGUACGAGGCAUUGAACAAUGGGACGUGUCUUAGCCUGGAGGCAUCAGUUGUCUGCCAGAGUGAUAGGAGCAAGAUCAUCCAGACCUGCACAGGAUGUGUUCUCCGCGAACGGAAACGCACUCAGCGCAAGAAGAGCCUCGGCAAGAAGAAGAACGGACUCGCCGCAGGUCCCCUUGCCCACCUCGACGAGGAUAACCCUGAGCAGAUGGCGCUCGAGCAGCGCAAGAUCCUACUCUUCAAUUGCACAGAGAUUGCCGAGUUUAGCUCGGGAGAGUUGAUUCUGCCCACGCGCAUCACCUGCUACUGCAGGCACCAUGGCGAGAAGCUCGGAUUCUGCAUCCAGUUCUUGCUCCGAGACUACGCCAACAACGUUGUCGCUGUGGGCGUGUCGCCGCCCAUUAUGAUUACUGAUGACCACAAGGCGUCCAAGGUCAAGAAGCCAGAGCAGGGUGCGACUGGCGUGCAACACAAGACCUCGUCCAAGAAGGCGACCGACCCAUCCAACAAGGUUGUCACUCUCACCCCUCCCAGCUCACCGACGACGCCAGGAGAUGAGGUGGAAAGUGAGGUCGACAUGGGCACCGGACAGGAUGACGAUGAGGAGGAGGAAGAGUCCGAAGAGUCUGAGAUGGACUCGUCCUCCUCUAAUGCUUCACCUUCACCGCUUCAAACCUCAAUGGAUAUCAGCCACUAUGACCCCAACAAUCUCUCGAUUGUCGACCUCAUUUCUCAGUUUUCACAACCGGACGAUGCGCGUCAGGUCCCAUCGCCCUCUUCACCAAUCUCACCCACAGAGCGUAUCUCUCAGGCAUGCCAAACCACACCCUCGCCAGACUACCCGCCAACGUCAAUGGAUAGCCAGCAACAGUUCCAAACUAUGAACAGCUUUAUUUAUGCUUCGAAUAACGACAGGAUGGUUCCUGAGCAAUUGGUCGAUAUCCCCAUCUCACUUGCACCCGCAACAUCCGCUCCGCUCGACCGCGUGAGGGACAACGUGAACCAGCAAUAUCAGCUACAACAGGAUCAGGAACGUCAGCUGCAGCAGCAUCAACUUCAGCAGCAACAUCUUCAGUUUCAGCAGCUGCAACAGCAGGCAUUAUUCCCUGAUGCAUUUAACACCGCAGCUACGGUAACUUCCUCGCCCAUUGCGCGUCGCACAAGUACUUCUGGCGGGGUGGGCCCUGUCAGACGUCGACGAGCUCCUACGGCAGCCAAUCCUUUGGCCUCCAAUACAACCCAGCCCUCGAUGACCGCUCCACUCACAGUCAACCCCCUCGUUACACCUCCCGUAAUCUCGCCCACAUCCAUGCCCUCGAUCCUCGGUCUCUCCUCGACAUUAGCCAUGGUACCGCCCGGCUUCAUUGUCCCAAGGAUGACAAGAUUGAUUCCUAACUCAGGACCGUGCUUUGGUGGCAUUGAGGUCACAAUCCUGGGUGCCAACUUUUACGCAGGAUUGACCGCUAUGUUUGACGCAACACCAGCACUUCCCACACAGUUUUGGUCCCCCAACACCCUGAUCUGCAUUUUACCACCAAGGAUUCAGCCCGGCACAACGGUCGUCACAUUUAAGGAACAUCCAGCGAUCACUUUGGCUCAAACUGGGGAUGUGAACGAGAUGAUGCUGUUCACAUAUGUCGAUGAGAGCGACAAGGCUUUGAUGGAACUUGCCCUUCAGGUGGUUGGAUUAAAGAUGACAGGAAGGCUCGAGGACGCUAGAAAUAUUGCUUUGCGCAUUGUUGGAAGCCAGGUAGCCAAUGGCAAUCAACAACAGCAGCAGCAGCAACAGCAGCAGCAACAAGGACAGCAGCAACAGCACCAACAAAACUCGCUCAACUACGCCAACCUUGUUAGAGAUCUGAUCUUGUCAUUUGGAGAUCAAAUUUCGGAUACAGAGUUUCAGGCUGGCCUUGAGGACAGGAUUCUUACCCUUCUCACGGUGCUCUCGGAGCUGCCAGCCCCUAGUCAUGGAGUCAUCAACCUCCAUCGACGCGACACUGGACAUCGUCUGCUACAUUUCGGAGCAAUGAAGGGGUUUGAACGGUUGGUCGAAGCCCUUGUUUUUAAUCCAGAAAUCGAGAUCGAUGCCCUAGACAUGAAUGGCUACAGUGCGCUUCACUAUGCAUGUUGGCGCGGAGAGGUGGCAAGCGCCAAGCUGCUGAUCGGACAUGGUGCGGACGUAAUGUUGCGAAGCGUUCAUGGUGUUGGAUGUGUGGACUUGGCUGGAAUGAAUGAGCCAACAAAGACAGCUGAGCUUGUGCAGGCGCUAAGGACCAGCAAUAGCUGGGUCGAUGCUGGAGCUCAGGAAGUCGAUGGCUACGAGUCUGCCCAGGAAGCCGAGGGCGAAUCUGAGGUUGAAGAAGAACUCGAGGCAUUGGAUACUCUGGAAGAUGGCGCGGAUAGUGGUGUCUGGUUGGAGCACUUUGCCACAGAAAGCGAUACGCUUGAGGAGGAUGGGAACGAGGGUUCUUUUGAUGCCUCGAGUCUUGUUGGCUCAGAGAUCGAGGACCUUGCCUGGAUCGACCGCGGCGAAUGGAUUGGCGAGGAAAUGUCGGAUGACUCGAGCGACUGGAGUGGUAGCGACUCGAACAGCCAGGACGAUAGUCAGGAAGAGAUUUACAAGGCUGACAACGGCGACAUUUUCCAGGCGCCUUCGUCUCCAAGUCUGAUCCCCAUGGCAACCCCGCUGGCUCAGGAUGCAAAGGACGCACAGGCAGCGGAGAUGGAGAGGAACUGGCUUCAAAAGACGCUGAGCCAGCUCCAGUCCUCAUCGCCAAGCUUCGACUUUGAAUUCUUUAAAGCCCUGAACCAGAUCCUGCCAGAGAAGGGCGCCUUCUUGAUGAACAUCCCCAGCAUGCCGACAUCGAUCCAGGCCUUCAAUGCCAACAUCGGUACCUACAUGCCCUACAAUUUCAGUGGCAAACAGGAGGUCGCUGCGAACGAGCAGUCGGUUGAGCACGUCACUGAGAAGCAGCCGCUCCGUCAUGGACGCAGCCGGUCUAUCGGCGCGGAAUUCGUAUUGGAUGAGCAGGCCAUUUCGCACGAGUUGUGGACAAUGCACUCCAAGCCCGAGAACCGGACUAUUAAUAGCUCCGUGGUGGCUAAUCUAACCCCUACGGCAGAGGAAGCACCGAGCCGUUAUCUGAGUGUCUACCACCAGCCCUUCUCGGCUACGUCUGUCUUGCAGCAGCCGGUGAACAGUUAUGCAAUGCCAUCACAGGAUUCGCCAUAUAGCCCCUUGAUGCUGACGACGGCCCCUGGUCCGAGCACUGGAUGCAGUGCAACGGUGACAUCACCGCUGAACAAGGACAAGGCCCGACGCGUGUACCCACCCAUGGAACCUGAACCUCAGCAGCCGACACCGAGCUCUGAUGUGGGCGAGUCAUCUGUGGUUCGAAGUGGCCGUAGGCUCAUUACGGAAAUCGCGAACAACGGAGCUGUAGUUGGAGGCGCUGCUGUUGCGGAGAGAGCCGUCGAGGCUGUUGGAGAGAACCGACACAUUCAAGAGCUGAGGGCUAGAUAUCACCAGAAGAUGAGACGACUGAAGAAGGACAAGAUGCUUUUCUUGUUCUGGGUUCCUGUCUUGCUAGUUAUGUUGGCAUUGACUAUCAUCCGUAUCGCCUCAACGUUUGAUGUUGCCAGACAGUGGACGCACGGGCUGAUGAACCUCGCUGGCAUCCAGGUCUAAGGAACGCCACAAGACAUCUUUAUCUUUAUUUGCCAGCCGCCUUUCAUACCUCUGGCGCGUAUUCCCCUAUUUAUUUCACCUUGCAUACUAUUAUGUUUUCUAUGUCUAGUUUGCCUUCUUUUUCUGCUUCUUGUCUUUCUAGUAUUCAUGAUAAUCCUUUGCUUCUGCUUGCUGUGCCUAUUUGUAAAUGUAUGUGCUUCGGCACCAAUAAAGAGCGAUAUUUGUUGACAUAGAAAUGACACAUGGCGAAAUGAAGGGUUGGUGUUAGCGUGGGGCUCGCGUGCAGCUGCAUACUUUCUGGGGUCGCAGCUUCUUGUGCCAACGAGCAAAGAAAGCUC